CAGGGACGCCUAAAUGGUAGAAGAAUUGCGCAUGCGCGGACGUCAGAUGCCAUAUUGGAGCGGUGGCGGCGGCAGCUGAAAGACGUGCCCGGCGGGGGUCCUCAAGACGGAAGUGUCCUGUCGCUGUCAGGCGGGGAAGCAACUUGUCCGUCCAGCAUCCAAGGCUGUUCAUUGCAAGUUUGGAAGAAGACAGCAUCAAGUUACCAAGAGCAAACACCUCCUGGGCAGACCCCAUCGCACAUCAGAAUGUUGGCGAGUAGAGGUGGGAAUCUUUGGGCACCUUACGGUUCAGGUGUCUUCCAAGGAGGCACAGAUGAGGUCAAAGAUUGCCUGCUGAUCAGCAAGCAGAGCGCCAGGAUGCUGACCAAUGGCAAGGAGGAAGAAGUGAACACAGACCCUGAGUCCAUGGAGGAGGCGGAGUUUAACUGGCAGGAGUACAUGGAGGAGACGGGGGCCACGGCUGCCCCCCACGCCGCCUUCAGACAUGUGGAGGUGAGCCUGCAGAGCAGCUUCCAGGUGGGCAUGAAGUUGGAAGUGGCCAACAAGAGCAGCCCAGACACCUACUGGGUGGCCACCAUCAUUACCACCUGCGGCCAGCUGCUGCUGCUGCGCUUCAGCGGCUACGGCGACGACCGCAAGGCCGACUUCUGGUGCGACGUCAUGACUGCCGAGCUGCACCCGGUGGGCUGGUGCGCUCAAAACGACAAGAGCCUCCUGCCGCCUGAAGAUAAGCUAAGAAAAGCCAUCAAAGAGAAGCACAGCAACUGGACCCAGUUUCUGGUUGAGGAUUUGAGUGGCUCCAGGACGGCUCCGGCCAACCUGCUGGAAGGGCCCCUGCGAGGUAAGAACACCGUGGACUUGAUUGUCCAAGGCUCCCUUCUGGAGCUCCGUGAUGUCGCGGACCCAUUCCUCUACUGGCCCGCGCGCGUCAUCCACAAUGUGGGCGGGAGGCUGCGUCUUCGUUACGCCGGCCUCUCAGACGACCACCAGGACACCUGGCUCUUUUACCUGGAUGUUAGGCUCCGCCCCUUCGGCUGGGCACGGGAGAACCAUCUCUCCUUGGAACCGCCCACAGAGUUCCAGUUCCUGAAGAGCGCCCCCGACUGGCAGCGGGCUUUAGAGGAAGUCCAGCGAGACGGACAGACGCAUUCCCUGCCCCUCGAGGUGUUUAAGGACCAAGUGGAUCUGCCCAAGCACACCUUCAAACUGGGAAUGAAGCUGGAGAUGGUUUCUCCCUGGGACCACCGCCACAUCUGCCCUGUGUCCGUCACCAAGGUCUACAGCGAGAAGCACUUCCAGGUCACGCUGGAUGACCUCACUGCGGGCGCCAAGCCGCGGUCGGUGUUGUGUCACGCUGGCUCGCCGGGCAUCGUGCCCAUCCAGUGGUGCAUGAAGAACGGCGUGAACUUGGAGAAGCCGCGGGGCUACGCGGGUCAGGACUUCGACUGGGCCGACUACCUCAAGCAGAGCGGGACGGAAGCGGCCCCGGACGCCUGUUUCCCCGAUACCUGGCAGAAGCGGGUCUUCGCCAACGACAUGUGGCUGGAGACGGUGAACCCCGAGCAGCCGGCUGAGAUCUGCGUGGCCCAGAUCACACAAGUCCGAGGACGCCUGCUUUGGCUCAGACUUGAAGGUGUGGCCAAGCAGUUCUCCGAGACCAUCGUGGACGUUCAGUCUAUGGACAUCUUCCCUGUGGGCUGGUGUGAGGCUAAUGCUUACCCUUUGACCCCUCCUCUCAGACCUGUUUGUGGGAAGCAGAGGAAGAUAGCGGUGGUUCAGCCAGAGAAACAGUUGGCACCGUUUUCCCGAAUUCAGACUCCUCCUGUCAAUCACUGCCAGUCUAAUCCUAGUGAUGCAGCUAAUGGACGCUACUGCUGCUCCAAAGUCUACGUCAACCACCGCUGCUUCUCAGGACCGUACCUCAACAAGGGGCGCAUCACCGAGCUGCCCCAGGCGGUUGGACCCGGGAAAUGCACGCUGGUCCUCAAAGAGCUCCUCACCAUGCUGAUCAACGCCGCCUACAAGCCCGGCCGCGUCCUCAAGGAACUGCAGGAUCUGCAGGAGCCCGGCUUGGACUGCCAGCAGGAGACUCUGAAAGCCAAAUACAAAGGGAAAACGUAUCGCGCCAGCAUCACAAUCGUCCGCCUGGCUGAGCUCAUCCCGGACUUCUGCCGCAAAGUCUGCAUGAAGCUGCAGUGCUGCCCAAACCUCAUCAGCCCCGUCCUUGUCCUGGAGAAGUGCCCGGAGAGCUGCUUCGUCCAGACCAAAACCAAAUACACCUGUUACUACAGGAAGAAGAGGAAGCUGUCCAAGCUGCUAGGAGACGAGGACAAGGCGGCGGGAGAGGGCGUUAAACCCAAACGGCGCCGAAAGAAAAGGAAGAGCAUCUUCGUGCAGAAGAAGCGGCGCUCGUCGGCGGCGGACUUCACACCUGCUGACUCGCCUCAGGAAAGCGAUGAGGACGACGAGGCAUCGCGGUCGGGGAGCGAGGCCACCAGCUCGGAACCGCGUGACGACCUGACGGACGCCUCUUCUGUGGAGGCGCCCGGCAGCCGCCCACGCCGAUCCUCGGCGCCACGCCAGACUGAGCGGUCAGCUGUUGAUGAAGAUGUCGCCGGCCGGGAGGCGACGGAGGGACGCCGCAGGUCAGCUCGUCGGCUCCUCAGCAAGUAUCAGCCCAUCAAAGGAGACGACGUGCAGGAGGAGGAGCUGCUUCUGGACAAAAACCCUCUGGAGUGGAGCGUCCAGGAAGUGGUCCUCUUCAUCAGUUCUACGGACUGUGCCUCGCUCGCCAGCAUCUUCCAGGAUCAGGACAUCGAUGGUCAGGCCAUGCUGCUGCUGACUCUGCCCACCGUGCAGGAGUGCAUGGAGCUGAAGCUGGGCCCCGCCAUCAAGCUGUGCCACCACAUCGAGCGAGUCAAGCUGGCCUUCUACAGGCAGUACGCCAACUGACCCGCCCCCCUGGCCCCGCCCCCUGGCCCCUUGGCGCACACAGCGUCCCUACUCUCUCAGGAAGUUGGCAGAUGUUUUCCCAAGCUGCAACAGAAAGAAGAACAAAAGCAUUUUCUCCGAGUGACUUUUAGCGUGAUGCUACCAUGUUAGCGUGAUGCUACCAUGUUAGCAUGAUGCUACCACGCCCUCAGCAGCAGCAACUGAGUUGCACCUUUUUUUCCCAGCGUGCGGUGAUGUGGUCGAGGAGCACGGCAGCAUUUAGUGGAAACACCAUGGCCUCAUCUUUAAUAUAUUUGAAAUAUUUAUUUCCAAGCUCACUUGUUCUCAAAUCUGACUUUUAUCUCUUCUUAAACUUAAUAAUUUAUUUUACAGGCGGCCAGCAUGUGCACGCUCUUCUGCUCUUUCAGAAACUCCCAACUGCUGUUUUUGUGUUCAUCUAUGCAAAUGUCUGAAUGUUUUUGAUAAGCAAGAAAAUACAUUUCUAUCCAGGGA